CCGGCCGGAAGAGCUUUAAGGGCGGGAAGGGGAGGCGUUGCGGGAUGAAGCUGCAUUGCGAUGUGGAGGUGCAGAGCCGCCUGCUGCCCACCUGCGGGCUCACGGGCCGCGGCCGCCCCAGCAGAGCGCUGCUGGCCCUCGGCCGCCAGCCCGGCCGGGCGCGGGGCGGCGUGUGCCUCAUGGUGUGCACGGCCAGGGACCGCGCCGGGGUUCGCUACCAGGUGAAGGACAACGUGGAGCGGUUCUUCACGCGCUUCGUGGAGGAGGGGAAAGCAACCGUGAGACUGAAGGAGCCACCCGUGGAUGUGUGCCUCAGUAAGGCAAAUGCCAGCAAUCUAAAGACUUUCCUUUCAGCUGUGAGACUGGCUCACCAAGGGACCGAUGUCGCUGCUCUCCCACUCUCAGCUUUGGUACCGGCAAAGACCUCCGAAGUUGAGAAGCCUAAAACAAAACUGAUCAUCACUUCCAAAAGGGACUAUCCGCUCACCAAGAGCUUCCCCUAUUCCCUCGAGCACCUCCAAGCUUCGUACUGCAGGCUGGCCCGGAUCGACACGCGUGUGCUGUGUCUGAAGAAGCUGCGCAAAUUAGACCUGAGUCACAAUCACAUCAAGCAGCUGCCGGCCACCAUCGGUGACCUGGUGUUCCUUCAGGAGCUGAACCUGCACGACAAUCACCUGGAGUCCUUCAGCAGCGCUCUGUGCUGCUCUACCCUGCAGAAAUCACUCCAGUGCUUGGACCUCAGCCAGAACAAAAUCAAAGCCCUCCCCAUUCAGUUCUGCCAGCUGCGAGAACUGGUGAACUUAAAGCUGGAUGACAACGAGCUGAUCAGGUUGCCGUUCAAGAUGGGCCAGUUGGAUCAGCUGCGCUUCCUGUCGGCAGCUCGAAACAAACUGCCAUUCCUGCCCAGCGAUUUUAGGAAACUCUGCCUUGAGAACUUGGAUCUCUUUGGAAACCCUUUUGAACAGCCCAAUCCCCUCCUUCCCAACAUACACCUGAAAAUACCAUUGACUUUGUUAGAAUGUGCUGCGAGAGCUACUGUAAAUUACAGGAUCCCGUACAGUUCUCAGCUGCUGCCUUCCCACCUGUGUGAGGACCUGGACGUGGCCAAGACCUGCCAAUGCGGGAGCUCCUGCCUGAGCAGCUUCAUCCAGAUGACGGUGACCAUGAACCUGCACCACGUGGCUCACACCGUGGUGCUGGUGGACAACAUGGGCGGCACGGAGGCUCCCAUCAUCUGCUACUUCUGUUCCCUGGGCUGCUACUCGCAGUUCCUGGACCGGUACCUGCAGAGCAGCGCCGACCACUGACAGCCCAUAGUCGUGCAUGGGAGCUGCAGGAGGUUCAGCCCUGCACGGGGGGGAUGCGCUGCUCAAUGUGCUGCUGCAGCCAGCAGUGCUCGUGGGCUGGGAAUGACCCCCGUUGUGUUCUCCGUGCCCAUCAGGUGUAGCUCCCAGCAGGGCCCCGUGUUGUUUUGUACUCUGGGAUCUUUGUAAUACAAACCUUUUCUACCCUCACGAGCUGGUUCCUUCAGUGCUGUGCUGCUCAGUCCCGCUGUGUAACGGUGACGGCCCCGGCAGCUCCCGGCGCUGCUGCCUGAAGGUUCCUCGCUCCUCAACUCGUGUUUUAAACGUUCCCGUUCCGUUCUGUGUUAUUAAAUGCUGAACCCUC